GGUACACCUGUCAGCCUGAAGAAAGGUCUCCAAAUAACAAUGUUAGACAUAAAUUAUCACAAUGUGCUUGUAUGACAUUAUAAUGAAAUCCAUUGAAAAAAUUCUUGCAAUUUCCAUUGUAAAACAGAAUGGCUCUUCACCAUUGCUCCUGGCUGCAGAGAGAGGACACACCGAGAUGGUGAAGAUACUGCUGUUACACCAUGCUAGAGUGGACGUAUUUGAUGAGCAUGGUAAAGCCGGGCUUCAUUUGGCGGCAGAGAAUGGCCAUGAUCAGAUCUCGGAUAUCCUGCUCUGGCACAAGGCGUUUGUCAAUGCCAAAACCAAGCUCGGCUUGACACCACUUCACCUAGGAGCACAAAAUGGCUACAACAGGCUGGUAAAGCUUCUGGUAGAGACCCAUGCCUCUAGUAUUGAUGCACUCUCUCUGUCCAAACGGACACCUCUACACUUGGCAGCAGCAAAUGGGCAACUUGAUGUCUGCAACAGUUUACUCAAGAUGAAGGCGGAUGUGAAUGCUACAGAUAUUGUAAGUCGACUGGAACACAUUUAAUCCAACAAUUGCCUGAUAAACGUGAGGCCUGAGUCCAAAGAAUCUCCCAGAAUAUAAUGUUGGUCCUAACUACAAAGCAAGAACU